GAUUCCAACGCAAGUAGGGAGGUGUGUUGACACCUGUGAAAUAUAAGUAAUUAUUUUUAAUACAUCUGACGGUGUCAAUAUUGACAUGUACUGAAAGUAGAAUGGAGGAUCUCCUUUUACAAAUUGUUAAAGAAGCCUCCAGUACUAAACUCUGCGUACUACGGAAGUCGGCGCAAGAGGCUCAUGACUUUCUGGAUUCCCAACAAGGUCUGUUACGCGACCCAGCUCAUGAGCUGAGAGCAAAAUGUCUGCGUGCCUUGCAGCUUGCACUGGAGACGAAACGAAGCAAGUUUGUGGCGUAUGGUCUCUCUGGCCUCCAUAAACUCGUUCGAGAUGACCGUUUCCAGUCUAAUUUUGAGCCGGAAGAUGAUUCGCUGUGGCUGCCAUCACAGCUCCUGCAUGCCAUGGGUUCAAUCCUAACCCAUUCGGAUGACACACAAGUUGAUAUGCUGAAGGUACUUCUGAAUGUGGCGUGCAGCAACUAUUGGAUCAUGAACGGAAGAAUUAUUAUCCAGAUUCUGACUCUGUGCAGUGAAGCGCACGAGACGGGCAACCAGGCUGUUCGAACAGCUGCCCAGGCAGCCGCCAGUCAGACGCUGCGGUCGUUCUGCAACUUUCUCGAAGAAGAAUCUCAGGAGCUUGAUAAGAGUCUGAGACAGACCGGCGCAAUCUGUGAGGGAGGAUCCGGGGUGUCGUGCUUCAACGAGGUGAUUCCCAUCCUGCAGUUCAUCUGCAGUAAAAUGGAUGAGGCACAGGCUGUGGGGAGAUGUGGCAACAGUGUAGUGUUUCUGCUGGAGUGUUUGCACACGUUGGUCGCCAGCCUUCCCCAGCAGAUUCAUAACAAUCAUCACUUCACAGCUUUCCUGUGGCAGAAGUUCUGUCCCGCGCUGAUAGCGUUCCUCGGUUCUCCUCGCGUGGACAAGCACAUCGUAUCACGAGGCCAUCUUGCGGCCGGAGAGGGUGGAGAGGUGCAAGGUCGUGGAUCGGGCUGCCUUGCCACUGCUCCCAGCUUCAACAGUUCGGAGGCAAAAACCGUCUACAGGUUUGCGUCUAUCGGCACGCAGUUGGUGCGUCUCGUUGGGUGCGUCGGGUCUCUGAGGCCUGUGUUGGAGUCUGUGUUCCAUCGGAUGUUACUGUAUCCGCCACCUCAGCAUCGCCUCGAGGCUCUCAAGUCACUACGAGAAUUGCUGCGAAGUCCGAGUCGCAUUGUGGAUUUUGCUGGUCCGAUACUGCUGGAGGAUGACAAAGGAUCCCAACAGCAGAGCGAUAUGGCGCUUAUGCGGCUAGUGAUGGAUUCCAUAGAGGAGUGCAGCAGAUCCGCAGAUACGUCGGUGUGCAGUGCCAGUGUGGCGUGUAUUGUUGCUAUGUUGGGCUCACUGGAGGAGUUGUGUACUGGCAAAGGUAUUACGCACACCUACAUGGACCGAAUAAAUGCCAUGUACGCACAGCUGGACCAAUGUGACUACCAAGGUCCGUUAACUUACCAAUCAUUGCUGCGACUUCCGAAACCAUAUAGAGACUGUAUUGAGCGUGAAUUGAUGGCUUCCCGGACUGGCAUCACUGGAGGAGGGCGCGAUGUUGAGAGUGACAGCAGCAGCGGAAUUGAGCAGGGGGAUGAGCCACCGCCGCGCGUGCACCGACCGCCAUCACAGUGCAGCGAUGGCAGCAAUGCUAGUACAGACUCGGGAGAGACGGAAGGACCAGAGGAAGGCUUCAGCAGCGAUCAUGCUCAGGUGGAUGAGAUGUUGGAACAGGUUGAGCUGCAGCGAGAACAGGAAGAAGCUCUCAGGUUAGAGAAGCUGCCCCGUACACUGCACCGUGGUGAUGACGUGGCUGUUCACCAGGUCGGUGAAGAGUACAUAGAUGUUGAGAGACACAGUGCCCGCCAGUUUGCUCAGACUCUCCAAAACUUUGUGCCCUCGCUGCUGACGCUUCGCAGCUCUGUUGAAGUGGACGAGGCGCUGCAAAAGUUCUCAGCCAAGUACUGCCAAGGCCUGUUUUCUCAGCAGCAAAUUUCACCAGACAACAGCAGCAGUACACAUAACCUCACUCUUAUAACUAUCAUCAAUGCUGAUGGAAUUUACUUGGCCACUUAUUCAGCUUUGCUUCUGAACUUAAAGCUUAUUAAACAGGGGUACUACCAGGAUCUACAUUCCAAGCCAGUUCCAAUGACAGAGGAGCAGUUUGUAGAGAGUGUGCAUGGAAGUGGGGUGCUGGUCUACCUCUCUGAUACUUGGCUGUCGGAACUCUACCAGCUGAUCCUCGCGACGAGCGUACUUGAAAAGUGCGGCUUCAAUACAAACUCCAGUACUAACUAUGCUCUCAUUAACCUUCUCACAGAUGUGGACGGGCUGGAUAGUUGCCAGCAGGGUGGCCAACUUCUGUCAGACUGUCAGCGGCUUGAAAGGGCUGCCACACAUACUGACACCAGCCCAGAAGUUGAUGCAGGUGUGAAGCUGUCUCGUCGUGUGCUGACUUGUUGCUGGGAUUCGAUGCUUUCUGUUCUGUCAGCUGGUUUGGGUGACCCCAGAGGUCAGCUGGGUGUCACAUCUAGCUUGGCACUACUUCUUGGGUCAGAAGGUGCUCGAGAGGAGCAUCGCAGAGCGAGGGACAGUAUUGUGGCAAGUCUAGAAGGUCUCCAGAAGGCUGCCCGACUCAGCAAUAUUUUAGGAUUGCAGAAUCGGUGCGGUAGCGUUUUCUCCCUCCUUGCGACAGCAGCCUGCCCCGACACCAAUAGUGGAGACAGAGUGGAGUCCCCUGGUAGGCACAGACUGGGACGACCUCGUAGUAUGCUGAAGUUGCUGCAGAGGCAGCACAAGCUCCACACUUCCCAUGCUCUCAGUAUGGAUGUCCUGUUGGGUCGAGGACUUGAACUCGGGAGCCACAGCCCUGAUUGUUGGGCCCAUGUGUUCAAGUGUUGUGUUUAUGUCAGCAAAUUGGAGCAUGGGUUUUUCAGCCAAUCGCAGAACAGAAAUUUGGGCCCAAAGCUGGCUAUAAAGCAUCCAGUUUCAAACAGUGAUAAAACUUCAAAUAUGGACAGACCAAGUUUUACAGUUCAGGAUGAUGAUGAAACCUGCAUCGAUGUAUACAGUUUCUUGGCAACUUCGAGUGCCCCCGAGUCCAGUUCUGGAUCUAUUACGGAGUUGAUUCAGGAGAGCAAUGCAGACAUCACAUCACAAGGAGUGUUGAGUUACGAGUAUGCAGCUAGGGUGAGCUGUGUACUGUCACAGCAGGUUGACAGGCUGUUUGAUGAUGCUGCGCUGAAGCUGAAUCUGCAGGCCCUGACCAGUUUCCUGACAGCGCUGGUUGCAGCGUCACAGGUGCAGCUGUUCUCUACGUUAUCACAGCAUGCGGGGUCUUCCACUAAUCCCGGAUCAGUCAAGCGAUGGUGGCCGCGGCGAGAGCGGACCUCCCGAGGCAAUGCCAGCCCUCUGUUAGGAGGCUCCCAGUUAUUGCUUUUGCAUCGAGUUGGAGACGCGAUGCUCAAAACUGUUCGCAGCGGUCGUCCUCUUAUUCACGUGAUGAGAGCCUGGUCAGUUGUUGGACCUCACCUUAUGGAGGCGGCUUGCCACAAGGAGCGAGCAGUCUCGAAGAAGGCGGUGGCCUGCAUCCACGAUACAGUUAUGGCAGUGCUAAAUGAACAGGUGGAGUUGCCGCACUUCCACUUCAAUGAGGCACUGUUCAAACCAUUCGAAAACCUUCUGUGUUUGGAACUGUGCGACGUCGAUGUGCAAGACCAAAUUGUAAGCUGUAUCUGUGAAUUUGUCGAAGCAAGUCGAACAGAAAUUAGAUCAGGUUGGCGGCCCUUGUUUGGAGCUCUGCGUGUUGUGAAGCUGUCGGCCCAUCAUUCACAAGAUGAAACCAGCACAAGUCAUUUGCAUGCCUUUCUGGAUGUCUUCGAGGUGUUCCUGGAUACGGACAAUCCGCUCGUGUUCUCCAAUGCUGCCGUUGACUGUAUCCUUUGCCUGUUGAAACAUGUUCGUGGCCCCAGCGAACUUGAAGAUGCACAAGCAGGCAGCAGUGAACCUUUAGGUUAUGAUGACUGUGUUCCGAACCCAACACUAGAACUGUGCGUCGCUGCUCUUAAGUUCCUCACUCGCUCUGCUGGUAUCCUUGCUUCAAUGUACAGCAUGCCAGCAUGCCCCAUGUUCCACACAGCUCACAGAAUUCAGCUAAAUAACUGCCCACAGCAAGUGGAUGCAGUACUCCCAAACAUAGAAGUGGUCCAUUUUGAUGGGGAGGAUGACGACGACUCCGGGACGAGCGACGCGUUGUAUCAACCGCUCUGGCCAUUGCCGAGUGACGCGUCUUCGCUGGAUGCUGUGGAUCAGGCUAGCGGUGUCUUGCGCGUGUUGUUCAUGUUGUUGGAGGGAUUGGCUAGUGCGACCGUGACGUGUCCUCGCAAGUUCCAACCUCACACUCUUGACGCACUAUUCCAGCUGCUUAGGGACCUCAUACACGUGCCAGGACCGCAGUUUGCCCUGCACUGCGUGAACCACCUGCUACUUCCCAUGGUGCAGAACUGGUUGCGCAAGACGGGCCGCAUCGUUCGAGGCUGGGACAACUUCGCACCCAACUUUAAGCAGUGCUGUGGCCUCACUACAGACCUCGUAGUUAACUUCCUCACCCAGCUGCAACAAGGUACGGAGUCUCCCAGCAUCCCUCAGGCCACUCUGAUGUUGAAACAACUUCUAUUGGUCAUGGUGGAAUGCAUUGUACAGCCAACAGAAAGCAUUGCGAGACUGGGCUGUGCUUGUAUAAGACAUGUGAUCCUGAGUGCAGGGCCAGUUUUGACCCCAGACCAGUGGCAUAUCACCUGUCUCGCACUACACAGAGCAUGUUCCGUGUCUCUACACUCCCUGCAGCAGCUGAUGGUUGCAUUCUGCCCUGGAUCACACAGCUUCUAUGGCGACGUAGGUCAGGUGAAAGUGGCAGCCCGCAGAGACUGUACAACGAGGGAGAGUGAGCGCCUCCGACAACUGGCACAGCAGGUAUUCUUGCUCGAGGGACAGCGCGAUGUGUCUGUAGCCCCCGGGCAAUGCUCCCGUUCUGGCAGUGUCGGAGAUGGGGGAGUGGCGUCAAUUGGGACCUCAAGUGGUGAAGAGAGGAGUUACAUCUUUCUGCUCUACCCUCCAGACCUGAGCCAUACCCUGAACCCUGACCUGUUCAUCGUGCGAGUACCGUUCCGCAACUUGGUCGUGGGUCUACUUGCCCACCAGAUGCUGCUGCAAACGGUGGGCAGCGUGUUGCUGCAGGGAACGGCUCAUGUCAUUCCGAGCUUAGCUAACGUACUACUUCAGAGCCCAGCUUCCGCUCCUCUUGACGGCUCUGGCAGUCAUCCUUCUGGUGAGCAGCAGCAGCUGUCAGGCCUCAUGCGCUACAUGUCGCCAUCACACAUACAGAUGCUUCUGUCCUGCCUCGAUCUCUCGUAUGAACGUGCCAUCGCAUUCGACUCGCGUCCAGGUCUCAAGUUUCUGGUGCAGAGGGUAGCGGGACUGGAACGAGCAGCCAACCUUUAUCGCCAGGCUGGUGCCGCAUGGACCAUCAAGGUGGUGACAUUGUUUGACCUGUGUCUUCAUGAAGUUGGUCGCAGCGGCGCCACGCUGGAUAAGGUUAAGAGGAUCUUGGAAGAUGAGCCUCCUGGACACACAGAGGUUGGAAGUACUGAUAAGAAAUCAGGCUGGGAGGAAAGAUGUAUAAAUAACUCGGACAAAUUGAACUCCGGCUCGCUCGGUGAAGGUAUCAUGCAGAGUCCUACCUCACUAACGAGCGGCAGUUGCGAUGAGUACGGAGACAUGGCCGUGUUUUUGUACCGUCUUCGGGCUAGUUUUGACCAGCUGUGCGAGACGUACGUCGACGUAGUUCUCGAUAAGGACGGUCAGCACUCCGCGGUGGAUCGCAUUGCUGAUGAACCGAUAUUCUUCCUGAUUGCCCAGCCUAACGACUUCCCCGAGAUCCGACAUAAGGAAUCUCUGCCGCACGCAUCCGUUACAUCCACCGCCACUAAUUUCUCGUUCGAAGAGAAGAGAGAGUUUGCGCCCGCGACCGAAACUCCCCGUCCCGUUAGCGUUACCGCUUACAAUCUGGAUGACGUGCAAGGCAAGAAAUUUAAUCCAAACCCAACUGCUGGUGAAAAUGGAUCUGAAAACAUAAAAGAUGAUCUCCGACAUGACGAAGAUACGUCUCUGAUGCCGGAAGUGGAGUCACCUAUUGAUUCAGGUGAUGAAGAUGUUUUCGAACAGCCAGCAAAAACAAAAGAUAAUAAAACAUCUGAUCGCCCAUUUGUUCUGGCAGAUUUUACUAGACAGUCGUAUUCGACAAGCGACAGCGAGGCAGAUAUGAGGGUGGAAGAUGCACCAGAACAAGAAGAUCGCCGUGGCGACGAAGGCGACAUAACCGAAGAUGCCGUCUAUGACGUGGCAACUGAGAAGGAUAUAGCAAAUCUGAUGGGAGAAUAUAAGAGACGCAAGCAGACGAGAUCGAUGCCUCCGAGGAGGAAUCCAUUCUGCUCUUCCAGGACGGACUCCCCGCCACUGGGCCACCCGCUUCCGAGCCAGCCGGUGCCGCUAGAGAUCGAGCAGCAGCGACGCAGCAGCUUAUGCAGGGACAGCGAAGCUCACCGCAAGGUCUGGGCUGAAAUGCUAGGGUCAGUGUUUGACCUGCUCGCCCAGCUGGACGAUCCGCACUUCAGAAUUCUUCUCCCCGUUCUGUUCCACGGUGUUCGUCGCCUAACAGCGCACGCCACUGACCCAGGGCUAAAACAGGCCGUCGCAGAAUUGUUUCACAGAGUCGCCAUGAUGUAUGGGUUUAGUCCCGAGUAAUAUGUACGUGCACGUUUCUGUCAGGUUUCCUUGUUUUACGCAACUUCUGUGUAGGACGAUGAUGCUGUUGCUUACGCUGGAUGAAAAAUACUACCCUUGUAAUUAGUGUCUGGGGUUUUCACUGUAAAAAGAUUAAUGCUGACUUUCACAGAUGCCAAGAAAUCGGAGGUACCCGAAAAAGUACAGAUGACGUGAAACUCGGAUGAAUAGAUCAGAAGGAAGACAAGGUUUUUUUUUGGAAAAUAUUUAAAUUAGGUCAGAGUUGAGUAACGCAAUGUUACAGCUUUUACCAAAUGUCAAUUUUCCCUUAUUUCCACCGUCGUCGUGUCUCGUUGCAGCCAGGAAUGUAGCAGAAAAUGUCGCCACAGACAUUGAUUGCAGUUGAUUUGCGUUGUUAAAAUCGUGUCUGAAUAAGUCGGCCACUAAUCUAGUUAGUUGGAGUAAUCCGUGACGUAAGGGAAAUAUUUUUUGUCCAGUAUUUGACAAUAUUCGUUCCUCGUUUUAGAAUUUUCCGUCUAGUCAUUUUUAAAAUGUGAACAGGGGAUUGGAAAUAAUUUAUAUUUGUCAUUUAUUAAUUUAUGUCAUAUUUAUUUUUGUGUUUUGUUUCGUGGAAGACGCUGCCCCUGGGGCUGCACACCCAGGGGUAAGCAUAGACUAAUAGGGCAGCUUUUGACGUGUAAUUCUGCUAAGACUAGAGUAGACAAUUCAGGUUUUGUUUUUAAGUGAAAAUCUGUAAAAUUGUUAUUAUUCAGUUUUACCCCAGGUGUAAUUAUUAACAGCUCUUGAUUAUUUUAUUGUCAGUGGCGUAUUAUGGGGGGGGGAGAAGGAAAGAAAGAAAGAAAGAAGGUCCCAUACAUUUAUGUACUGCAUUCUUCAAUGUAUGUUCUAUGAUUUCAAUAUAACUUAUUGUGGGUCUUAAUUCAGGGGCCGUAAAGUAGUUAAUGUCGAUAAUAGUGAGAUAUUUGAAGAGGAAGACGAUUAAAUUCUAUACAAAAGGGCACUUUAAUAUGUGUGUGUAUAUUUGAUUGGCGUAAUUUGAUUAAUUGUAAUCAUGUAUAUGGCAACUGUAACUAAUUGACUGAUUAAUUAGCCACUUAAUUGGCUACUAAAACAUAAGAGUGGCUUGAUAAAGUAGUGUAUAACGUUUGAAUUUUGUGUCUGACCUUAUUGAUCCAUUAAACUAUAAAGUAAACCCUCUUA